ACAAGUGAAGGAAUUUUCAAAGCGCCUGGUGAGUUCCCACCCGAGGAAUUUGUGGAUGUGUGCUCCGAGCCGAGAAGAAAAUCACUCCUUUGAGUGACUCCUAAAAAGUGCUAAAUUACUGAAAAAUUAGAUUAAAGUGCACUGGAAACCCCUAGUUCGUUAUAACUCCCAGUCCCCUGAAGGAUCGAAGUGAAAGUGCGCUGCCAUCUAUAAAUACUCCUUGGGUAGUGACUAGACCAAGUCACGACAGAGCAACCACUUUCACUUGCUCCUGCGACCAAGUGCGUGUCGUUGCUGGCACAUUGGUUUCGCCUUGGUCUGGUCUAGUUUUUCGGAUUGCCAUGGAGGUGUAGAAGUAUACGCAGCACGCCGACCACUGCGCAUGCCACAAAACCCGGACCCCAGCUCACAUCCCCUGCAAUCGGGCCAGCAGAAAAGCUGAGGGGCGGAAAAAAGUGGGAGGAACAGCAGGUGACACCUGCAGCAACACCUGCACAAGGGAAUCCAAGGAUUACACGAAAACCCAAACCAAAUCUCGGAGAAUCCAAAGAAACUAGAACCUUAAGGCCAUAUCAAUAAUGGCGGCUGUGGUACAUGGAUGCAGCAGUCCGCGACAGCGAUCCUGCAAUGGCAGCAGCUCUCCAGGUGGUCACCACGGGUCCACGCCCUCGUCCGCCUACCCGACCAUGCCCAAGUACUCGAGGACCGCCAGUCAGACACUGUAUGCCACCAGUCAGCAGAUAUUCGGCGGUGGAGGCGGUAUGGCGGAUGCGAGCUACGCGUACGGAAUGUCCUCCUCCGGCGGCCAGCGACCACUAUCCGCAUCCGCGCUGCCGGAAACGGCGGCGGCCAGCCGGAACUAUUGGGGUCACCACAACGCCUUCUAUCACACGGGCAGCAGGCAUUACAGCAAGAGGAAGUCCGCCGUGGAGCUGCUGGCGGAGUCCAAGCCGUUCUACAUUAAAUCCGAGGCGGUUUUCGAGCGACUGCAGCAGGCGAGCUAUCGCAAUGGAGGCGGUAACAACGGAGCUAGUGGGAAAAGAGGUCGUCGGCCGGAGGAAUCGCAUGGUCACCACUAUGACCUGGAGGACAGGCGGUACAUGAGCCUCAAUCUCAGUCGGCAGCAGCAGGUGCAACAGCAGGUGCAGCAGCAGCAACAACAGCAGCAGCAGCAGCAACAGCAGUACCUGCACAACCACCAUCCCCACCCACACCAGCACCACCCGCACUCCCGCCACGCCCAAGGCCAAGGUCAAGGACGAAACGGAGGCGCUGCCGUGAACAACAACCUCCUGCAGCACAAGCUGCGCAUGCUGCUGGGCUCGGAGUCGGGCAAGGAGCGCAACGGCGGCACCUUGAGGCGCCACGAGAUGAGCGACGGCAGUGCGGAGCUGCUGCCCACGGACUACGGCGAGGAGGAGAUGGGCGGUCAGGCGGGCGCCCUGAGGAUCCCGCCGCCCCUCUACAUGCCCACGUCCCACGGCUUCGGGCGGGAUGGCGAGGAACCCCUCGUCCUCACCGAGAACUAUCGACCCAUUAGCCCGCCCGCCGAGUAUGCUGCAAAGUCGGGACAGGCUCACAACGAUCGAUAUAGAUACAACUACCAGCGUUCGUACUCGCACUCCCAUGAGGUUCCCAACACGGGCGAGGAUCGCAGUGCGCCCUAUCCCUCCGGCGACUUCAACAUCAAUAGCCACAAGUCGCUGCCGGAUCUGCACACCCAGAUAAGCCGACACUCGCCGCACAGCGAGAUCCUGAGCUGCUGCAGCCGUGGCAAUCGAUCGAUCAAGUCCGCCGGCGAGUCCUCGAUAAACCGGGACUCCGGCGGCAGUUCCGGUCACUACACCCAUCGCAGCGAGCCCUGCUACAAGCGGGAGCGACAGCGGGAAGUGGCCGGCAGUGCGGCUCCGGCGAGCGGUACUAUCAAGAACUGCUGCACCUUGGUGGCCGCCACUCGCAGGGACAGUGGCUCAUCCACACAGCACAGUGCCAACUCCUACUGUGGCUAUGUGACGCCCGCCGGGGAUUAUUCCGGCAUGGGUGGUGGCCGGAAUACGGAGUGCUUGGAUUGCCGCUGCAAACAGGACACCACAAUGGGCUCGGAUUAUCUGCUGAACUUCACGCCCACUCCGGAGGUUCCAGAAGCCUUCCAGGAUGACUACACCCCGACGCCGCCAUCGCCCAGGCUCAAGACCCAGACGCCACGAUACUCGAGCUCCUCCAGCCAGCAGCUGCACACCAGUUCGCAGGGCUACACGAGCAUCAAUCACUCGCAGAGCUCGCUGGUCCAAAGCCCCGGAUCGGCGCCAUCCGUGGACGACAUCAGUCCACCGCCCAUCCAGUUCAAGAGGCAGCGGUGCAUCCGCUUCAAGAACAGGAAUCGGCUGCCAGUUCAAGGAGAAAUGGGAGGACCACCAGGAUCAGGAGGUGGCCUCGUAGCGCCAGGUUCAGGAGGAAUGGGCACGGCCAGCGGUGUCCUGGCCGCCUAUAAACAGCAUAGGGGCAGCGUGGACCACGAGAAUGUCUUUUUCCCCAAAGGUUUCUCCUCGGAGGUGUACCACAAUAGCUUGGACAUGGAAAGGGAGGCUCUGAAUGCCAGCAUUUCGGAGCUGGAGAAGUUCUUCGAUCGCCUGGGACUGAACGACGAGGCCUUCCACGAGAUCUACAGCCAACCGAGGAGGCACCACUCGGAGACGGAUGACGCCUCCGAUGAUUCCAGCACUGUUUUCUUCUCGGACGUGAGCACCGUGGACUCGAUGCGAUUGCCGGACAGCACGGAAACCCAGCCGCAGGCCACUCAGGCGUAUAGACCCUCGGAACCGCCGUCGAUUGUCGAGCGGAAUGCCAGGAUCAUCAAGUGGCUGUGCAACUGCAAGAAGAUGCAGUGCACCUGAGAAUCGCCGGGGCAGUGCAGCUGCGGAUUCGGAUUUGGAUUCGGACGCUAAGCGCUCCACUGAUUUAUGGAUUCCACACGACCACCCCGUUUAGCACACGACUGCGAAUUGAGCAAAAAGUAAUACAAAUCACUGAUGGGUGGGUGGGUGAAUCGGUGGGCCAGCAAGAUCGCCAUGUGGACGAAAAGUAAUCUAUCGAACAUAUAGAAUAUAAUUUCAUUUGGCUAACAAACUGAUUGCAUAUCCCCCUAAAUGAAAUGCAGUACAUAUGCAUGUGACUUCUUAUAACUAAUAGUCCGAUUUUAUUUUAACCAAUAUAACAUUUUGUUAAUGGCACUUGUUUUCUUUACAAUGUUAAGAGCCGCGAGAAUCAAAGGAUUUAAUACAAUGUACUCAAAAAAGAUUAUUAUACAAAUAUUGCUAUACUAAUAAUAUAUGCAGAAACUAUUUCAAUUCAUUUGUUAAACUUGCAAAAACGAAGCGAAAAGUGUAAACACAUUACAAAUAGUAAAUGGCAUAAAAGGGCUAUAAAUAUCACUACAACUUUCCUAACAAAUACACACAAUUUCUGUUACUUUUUAAAUUACAUAUUGAAUUCACAAAAAGGAGAUUACUUUUGGCCCCUAUGCUUUGCUACACCAAAACAAUCACCCACCUGUCCACAAGAACACUGCUCAAAAAGUCAAGUUAAGUCAGUUGAAUGUUUCGAACAUGAUUAGCAUGGUUAGCCUCACCUACCUGUACAAUGGAACUAGGAAUUACGAGCAGGAGUCUCGAUUUUGGAUGUGAGUUUCUCCUCUUUUAAGCUGCGCCCGUUCUCGCGCAGAUCAAUUACACCAUUGAUAUUUGUAUUGCCAACGGCAAUGAUAUUGUCUUACGUAUACUAAUCAACUAGCAAGCGAUCGUUCAUAUUACUCUUAUACACAGCGGUAUUAUUAGAUGAAUUAUUGUACAAUUAGUUCUCGUAACUUAUAUAUACUUACAUAUUAUACGACUAGUUGCCAAACCAAAAACACAGACAGUACACGAAACCACUAAAAACCACAAAUUGAAAUUGAAAUGAACCUACCUAUUUAUGUAAUUGUACAUGGUUUGCAUGGCGAAUAA